AUGAAACAUUUCAUCGCAUUGUUCCUUGUCCUGGCUGUGAUUCCGCUUGCCAGUCCUCAAGAGCCGCUGCAGAAAGCCACCAUCGAUGAUGACGAUAUGCAAGUCAAAUUCACUUUGUUCAACAGGAAAAGUUUAACCAUGAAACAUUUCAUCGCRUUGUUCCUUGUCCUGGCUGUGAUUCCGCUUGCCAGUCCUCAAGAGCCGCUGCAGAAAGCCACCAUCGAUGAUGACGAUAUGCAAGUGCACAAAGACAAGAGAGUUAUCUCAGCGGGUACCGCCAUUGCAGUAGGACAGUUUAGCAUCAACGUGCUUAACAAUGUCCUGGCUGCAAUUGGAAAAGUUAGYCGCAAAAUUGCCAUUGGUGUUGAAAACGAGUCAGGACUCAAAUGGGAAGCACUGAACGUGUUCUUCAGAUAUGGUGCGUCCGACAUUACACUUCCGAUGAAAGUUGAAAACGCCAAAGCUCUUUUGUAUACUGCMAGGAAAAGUCAYAGYAUUUUUAUGACGGGAACGUCUGCAGUKUUUACUUAUUCAAUGAGCGAUGGCAACACCUUAGCAGUCUUGUUUGUUGUCCCAUAUAACAAGCUGUCRUUCUCCAACUGGUGGAACGUCAAGGUCUAUAAUGGAAGGAAGAUGGCGGAUUGGAGGAUGUGGAAAGAGCUGUACAAUAAAAACCCAUUCCCUGCAAAUGCAUGGCAUCAGCGAAACCUUGGAUACGGGGUUAAAGUGAAAGGGUACAUGACCAAUGCUGGUGAGGCAACAUUGCAAAUCCGUAUCAGCAAGGCUUAG